AUGAUCGCGCGUCGCACGCCGCGCUGUCGUUUGCACGCGCUCAAACUCGCGCGGGUUUUCUUGUUGCCAAUCGUUUUAACUAUUGCCAAAUCACAAAACGAGCGUGCCGUGGUCGCUCGACUAGAGAACGUGACGCAUACCGUGUCACGGAUACUCGACGGAUAUGAUAUACGUCUACGACCUAACUUUGGCGGAGAUCCGCUGUACGUUGGAAUGGACUUGACUAUUGCUAGUUUCGACGCAAUCUCUGAAGUCAAUAUGGAUUAUACCAUUACACUCUACUUGAAUCAAUAUUGGAAAGAUGAAAGACUAGCCUUCGGAUUGCCGGAGGAGGUUUUGACGUUGUCCGGAGAUUUCGCGGAUAAGAUCUGGGUUCCGGACACCUUCUUCGCAAAUGACAAAAAUAGUUUUCUUCACGACGUGACAGAGAGGAAUAAGCUGGUUCGCCUGGGAGGUGACGGAAGCAUCACAUACGGGAUGCGUUUCACAGCUACGUUGGCUUGCAUGAUGGACCUACACUACUAUCCACUCGACAGCCAGAACUGCACCGUCGAGAUUGAAAGCUAUGGCUACACGGUAUCUGACGUGGUCAUGUACUGGAAGAACACCCCGGUACGCGGCGUCGAAGACGCUGAACUACCCCAGUUCACCAUUUUAGGCCACGAAACGAAUGAUAGAAAGGAAAAGCUGGCGACAGGAGUGUACCAGCGUUUAUCUCUUAGUUUCAAAUUACGAAGGAAUAUAGGAUAUUUCGUAUUUCAAACAUAUUUGCCGAGUAUUUUGAUAGUAAUGCUAUCUUGGGUGUCGUUCUGGAUAAACCACGAAGCAACUUCAGCUAGAGUUGCAUUAGGUAUAACAACCGUACUCACGAUGACAACGAUUAGCACCGGGGUCCGCAGUAGCCUCCCGCGGAUCUCUUAUGUCAAAGCCAUCGACAUCUAUCUGGUGAUGUGCUUCGUUUUCGUGUUCGCUGCCCUGUUGGAGUACGCUGCCGUCAACUACACAUACUGGGGCGCCCGAGCACGGAAGAGGGCCAAGUUAAAGAACCGCGAUCAGAUGUCGACGAGUAGCUUCGAGAAGGACUUGAAGAGUUCUGGAAGGCCGCGUUCUCCAGACGAGAUUAUAGCGAUUCGUGAGUGCACCACGAGUAUGGGACGGGUUUCUCCACUGUUAGGAUUACGGACGAAGCCAUUGCCGUCGACUAGCGGGGGUCCGCCCUCACUGAGACUACAACGCGACAACACACUACGUUACAGGACGAGACCAAAUUCUAGGAAUUCGAGAAAUGCGGCUAAUAGCAAGCCUAAGAUGAUGCACGCGCUACGUCGCGGCGCUACUGUCAUCAAAGCCUCGAUGCCGAAGAUAAGGGACGUAAAUGUCAUAGAUACUUAUUCCCGGGUCGUCUUUCCCGUGUGCUUCCUCAUCUUUAACGCCGUCUAUUGGGUCUUCUAUAUUUUCGAUUGA